AUGAAACCUGACUUAAGGAGAGAUGAUAAAUAUUUGGAAGAGGAUCUUGAACCCUUGUCUAUUGAUGUAGAUACUUUAUAAACUCAAAAUAGGCCUUAAAUAGAUUUUGGUCCAGGAAAGACUUACACUGUGGAAUAUAUUCGUAACUCUAAAAAGCAAAGUGAAUUAGAACGACUAGUCAAAGCAGAAUAAGAAUUGCUUUUGAACAAGAGCUAAGGUAGGGAAAGAUCCUUAACAAUUAAAAUGACAACCUCUAUGAAGAAGAUGUUACAACAAAGACUAAGCACCACAAAAAAAUUAUCUUAAUAGGAUCUAGCAGCAUUGACAUAAGAAUCCGAAAAGGAAGAGCCCAAGCCAAAGUAACUGGCAAUUGAACCAUAGCUAAAUGAAGAAGAACUAAAGCAAGUCGAUUACCUUAGGGAUUUGAUAAACAGAAAGAAGUUUUAAUACGUUAGGAAUAAUGAGACUCAAAAAUAACAGAAAGUCUUGAUGGCAGAUUCUAUGAUUAAUACCACAAAUACAGGAUUCUAAGGGUUAGAUAAGGAAAAGCAAAAUAUCAUUAAAAAUCAGAAUUAUACUUAUGAUUAAAACGGCAAUAUUCUUAUAGUUAAGAAAAUCAAUCCAAAUGCAACUGCGGCUGCAAAAAAAGAUAUGCAGCCUAAUUCAAAUUUCUCAUUGCCAAAACUUGCAGAAGCUAAGCUUUUACACUAAAAGAAUCAAAGCAUAGCUAAUAGCUCUGUGUAAGAUCCAGACCCACUUCCUAAUGAAAAUAAUUUGAUAGAAAUGCUCGAGCAUCAAAUGAAAUAAUAAAAUCAAGUCAUAUUUGAACCUAAUAAGCCUGAUUCUCACUUAAAUGCCUCAGACCUUAUAUAGGCAGAUAAUGGUGUCACCCUCAGAGAUGAUUAGGGCAAAGUACUUACCAAAGGGUAAAACUUCAGUUCUUUGGAGUUUAAAGGAAAGAAAAAAAUGAACAUGACAAUGUAUAGAAGUCAAUUUAAGAAUAACUUUAAUGUUAACCUUUCGCAUCUCAGGUCAAGUAGAGACAAAAGUUAUGACUAAGUGAGUGAAGUUCAACUAGCCACUGCUGAGAAAAUUGGUAUUCCUAUAGAUGAUGAUCUUGGCGAUCAUGAUUUCAUAAAGUAUCGAAACUCAUCUUCUAAGCAGAGUAGAGCAAGAAAAAUAGUUACUAGAUAAGGGAAAAUCUAGGUAAAUUUAAUGAAUCAAGAAAUUUAAUCACUAUUAUCAAUUCAAAGAAAUGUGACUUUUAUUGCUGAUGGCUCCUUAGAUGUUUCAUUCUAAGGUAGUAAUUAAAACAGACUAUUGAGUCAAAGCUUCCUAGGAACAUUUUACGGAGCACCUGAAUCAAGCAGUGUUUAGAGAAAUUUCAAGAAGAGGAACUAAACAUUUGGAAGAAAUAGUGGAAUGGGAAAGGAGUAGAUUCAUCUGUACAACUAACCUAGUAAUUUUGAUAGUCGCAAUAAUCAGAAUUCUCAGAAAACAGUUCACUAAAUGUUUAAUCUAAGCCUUAUUGGUAAGUUAAGCGAUCAUAAGGAACUAGAUGAAAUUCAAAAAUUAUCCUCUUAAAUCAGGAAUACUGUCAAUAACGGCUCUCGAAAUGAGAACUUUAAAACAUCCACUUAAAUUCACAGAGAACAAAUAAAGACAUAGAAUGGCUAAAGCAGAUAUAAUAAUCUGGCUUUUAGCAGAAACAGCAAAAGAGUGGCAUCAAUUAGGAAUAAAUUUGAGAAUAGCAAUACCCAAAAAAUGAAUAACAAUCUUUCGAUGCCUCUUUGA